CAGGCUCUAGUACCUUCCUCUCCUUUAGCUCUGGCUUGCCGAGGCUUUCAGACAAGUUCUCAGGUGCAGGAUGUUGACUCUGCUGCUAAAUUUAUUGGUGCUGGUGCAGCUACUGUAGGUGUUGCAGGUUUGUAAAGAGCUUUAACCUUGAGUACAAUUUUUUUUCCUUUUCUUUGAAGACAUAAGUGUACAUUUUACAGCUUUGGUUAUCAGGAAAGUGUCUUGCCAUGCUUUCAAGUGAUAUGAGAUUUGUUACUUGCACUUGGCAUGUUAUUGUGUUGAUUUUACACCCUGCAGUAUAUAAAGCUUUUUUUUUUUCUGGUGGUAAUACAGGAAGGUUCAACUGAAAGCGGUCAAUGUUGCAUUGUUUCUGUUAUAUAUUUGAUAACACUCCCUUAAUGUUCCCCCAUGUACAUUGUUUACACUAACUCCAGAAGGACUGUUUGAAAACAAUAAUUUAUUUUUUGUAAUCAGAAGUUAACACCAAGUGACAGAGUAAAGCUAAGGGUACUCAUCCCACACUUAGCCUGGGAAAACAGCCAACAUUUUGCGGCGACACGACCGGUUUCCCCGCGAUAUGAUAUCUGAGGAACAAGUGCAGAAAUCUGUACUGAUGACGUGUCACUUCGCAGAUCUGGGUAGUGCUUUGGUUGGUUGAAACAAAUUUCCCUUGUGGUACGACCAAUCUGAAGCACUACCCAGAUUAGGGUAGUGAUAUGUCAUCAGUAUGGAACCUCUGCACACAUUUCUCUGACAUCUUUUCACAGGGAAGCCAGUGGUGGUACCACAACAAGUCUCAUUUCACACCAUGCAAUUGUUUUUACGUUGCAGGUAGUGGAGCUGGUAUUGGUACUGUCUUUGGCAGUCUGAUCAUUGGUUAUGCAAGGAACCCAUCUCUCAAGCAGCAGCUUUUCUCCUAUGCAAUUCUAGGCUUUGCCUUGUCUGAAGCUAUGGGUCUGUUUUGUUUGAUGAUGGCCUUUUUAAUCUUGUUUGCCCUGUAA